AUGUUUCGAAAUAUAACGCCAGAAACGGCGAUAGCUUUCACUCAAUUUAUCCUGGGAUUGUCCUGUUGUUGGCCGCUACCAUCGACAGCUACCAAGUCUCAGAUACUUUGUUUCAAAAUUUUGAGAUCCGUGUUAUUUCUCAACUCACUUUUACUCUUUUGUCCCUUGUUAUACGCAAUAUAUGUGCACCGCGAGCAUACAGCAAUGUUUUGUAAAUCAGUUUCUUUGGCACUUGCUGUUGUACAUGUACCUCUGCAUUCCACCUACAGCUUCAGUCAGCACGAUCGAUAUCAGCGAUUAAUCGAAGAGAUGAAAUCUUGUUGCGAGAAAGGAAAUUCGUACGAAAGACAAAUCUUCCAACAAUACGUGGACAAGUACGCCAUAUACUACGCAGCAUCUGCAGUUUGGUUUUAUUGGAGCCCAUCUAUUAUUCUCAUCGGAACGUUCUUCAUAUCUGAUCCCUUCCCAACAAAUGCAGAAUAUCCGUUCCCAGUUGAUUUUGAACCCGUGAGGAGCAUUAUUUUCUUACAACAAUCGCUCGUUGGUAUGCAAUGCGCGUCACUCCUCUGCACCAAUAUACUUUGCGCGUUACUGUUGCUCUUCGCUGCAGCGCGCUUCGAGAUUUUAAUGACCGAAAUACGUACCGUUAACGGUGUUAAAUCAUUGAUAAAAUGCGUAAAAAAGUAUUACACUCUGAAAAGAUACGCAGAAGAAGUGGCGAACACAGCUCGAUAUACAACUCUAAUUACGCUAUGCAUCUGUGGCAUAGAAAGCGUAUUUGCUGGUAUCAUUUUUAUCGGACGACAACCGUUUACUGUGAAACUUCAAUUCGUCACCGUAUCUAUAACUGUGCUAUUGGCGGUAUUCAUGUGCGCAUGGCCAGCUGACAACUUAAUAGAUGUAAGUGAAAGUACCAUGCAAACGGUUUACCAAUCUAAAUGGUAUGAACAGCCUUUGAGGAUACAAAAAUUUGUAUUGUUCAUGAUGAUUCCACAAUCUCCGGUGAUCUUAAGAAUCAGGUGUAUCAUUCCGGCUUUCUCACUGAACUAUUAUUGCUCGUUCAUCACAAACGUGCUUUCUAUGUUUACGGCUCUACGAGUUGUCAUGUUUCAAGAUGAAGAUGGAACACUUGACGAUAUUUAGCAAUCGUUUGAACUUUGUAAAUUGUGUAAUGACUUAAUUGUUAUACAGUAAAUUGUU